CGAGGGCGGGGUCGUGUCGGGAGACUGGCACAUCAUCAUCAUGCAGGAUACAUUGUUGAGGCUGCAAUGAUGCAGGAGUACGAGUAAGAAGAGGCGCUGCAGGUACGGCGAGAGAUUCUUUUGGUUUUACACGUAUCUCUAUUAAACCCUUUUCUCCCAUAAUGUCGGGCGGGGAUCUUCGCGUUCUUCGCCAAGAGCCAGGGCAGGAGAGCCCGAGGAUGCCGGCCUGGAAACGCGAGAUCCUUGAGCGGAGAAAGGCGAAGGGCGGCGGAGCAGGUGCCGAGUCCGUCGGAUCUCGACAUAACGGCGAGGUAACUGGCAGCAAAAGCAAGGAUGAUAUCACCGGCGCACAAUCUAGCACGAACUACACCAUUACCGCUGCCAAGCGCGCGACCAAAAGCCCGGAUCUGUCACCGGUGAAAACAAAAGAGCACUGGCUAUCCGCGGACCCGAGCCGCACGGAGGAGAGCCUGGUAUUGCAAGAGAGCUUGGGUCCGCUGCAGGAAAACCCAUUCAUUAAACUGGAAAAAGAACGCAAGAAGCGUCAGAGCCAAGAGAACGCCGCGCGACCUGUUCAGCACAUCCUCGAGUUAUACGGCAGCGUCCCCGGUAUACGGACUAUACGCGCUGAGAAUAUCAUCAUCAUUGAAUCCGACCCGGAGUACUUCUCGGAAGGAUGUGGUUUGAAUCAAGCAUCGAAACUGCAGCAGAACGGCACGGUGAGCGGAUAUAGCUCUCUCAAUGACCUGUUGGACCGAAGAGGUAGUCCAGUUACUGAGAUACGCGCGAAGGAAGUGGUCAUUUACGAUACUGCACUUAGUAAAAGCGAGGAGAACCUCAGCACGCUGGGACGACCGGCUUCCUCCCCACUGGAGGGGCAAGGCAGGGUGAGUCGCAUGCUACAGAAAUUUGACAGAAAUUAUGGCAAGCUGCAGCCCAAGUCACGCAGCACGGAAAACCUCCUGGACUUGGAUUCCAGUCCUAUCAGGCCAAGCUCUAGACCCAAGCCAGAUGUGGUGCCAAAAUGCCCAGAAUCUCCGCAAGCCGGUUCCUCACACAGUAAGGUCUUCCAAAAUGUUAAGUCUUCCAUAAGCAAUCAUCACACCUCUCCUAGUGGCUCAGGGAGUAGUACACCCGUAUCUGGAUCCCCUCAGUUAGUAUCUUCUGCAUGGAGACGUUUCGAGGGGAAUGGGGGACGAAGUGUCACUGUGUAUCCCAGGGAGGACACUGAGAGGUCUCCGUCCAAGCCUGUUAGAGAACGGGACUGGGACAGCAUAGAUGGGGCCUCCAAAGCCAAGGUGCCAUGCUCUCCAGAGAGCCACCAUGCCCAUGCCGACUGUACUCCUAGCCCCACAUCACCCCCUUUAUCGCCCAGUUUUGAGAUCCGUCCGUCCCCUCACCCGGAUCUUUCUCUUCUUCCGGCCGGUGAUCUACAGGCCCGUGCACUCGCCAACUUGCGACUCCAGUCUCGCAAUUCCUUCACCGUCAUUCCCAAGAGUCGAGCAGCCAUUUCGUCACCUGGCAGCACCGCCCCAUCCAGCCCUGUGCUUUCCCCUCACUCCCCACGACCCCUGGUGGGAGUGGCAGCUUCAGAGCCCACAGUGCCAACCCCCUCGCCUGCUUCUCCCAUAGCCUCCACACCAAAGCUUACAGAAAAGCUGACCAUAGAAGCCAAAACAGUGUCUACCACACCCACCUCUCCAGUCCCAGCUUCUCCACCUUCAAUUGGCUCACCCGUCAAAUCAGUCCCAUCUCCGGAUGAUAAGCUGCCUAUCACAAACAUUGAUGAUAUAGUCGUGGAGCCCACGCCGCCUGUUGUGAGCCCUGCAGUGCAGAGGCGCAAAGGAAAUACGUUUACAGUCGUUCCGAAACGGAGGCCCGAGGCCCAGUCUGACCCUGCUGAGACCCCAGAAGUUGUCAGUGAAUCUCAGAGCACACCACAAGCCCCUUAUGUCCACCUGGGAACCCUGAUUAAAAAGCGUUACCCUGCUGCAGAGGAGAUAGAGGUCAUUGGGGGCUACCUCUCUCUUGGGCGAUCCUGCCUUUCGAAGACUGGCUCAACAGGAAAAAAGCUGAAAAUAUCCUUCAACGAGUCCAGCCUGCAGAGCACUUAUGAAUACCCAUCCGAGAGCAGUGCGUGGGACAGUGGAGAGGACGAGGAGGAAGUAGGAGAAAAAGAAGGAGAAGAUGAUGGAGGGCUCAUUGCAGGGAGGAUAAGCAUCCCUCGCGCCAGCUACACCAUCUCACUCACUGACUCCAACAACACCACGGAUCUUUCCAGUUACACACCCAAACACUCAGUGGAGUUUAACGCCUGGCAGGAACACAAGCUUGAUGAGUCUGCUCACCGAGGGGAAGAUACUUCACAGAGUACAGAGGAGGUUAUGCUGACACCUGCUGAUAGCUCCUCUCUGUCAGACUUCAGCAGUGAACCAGCGCUCUACUUCUAAACCUUCCAGAUGUCUGGAAAAUACGGGACCAACUAUUGCCUGCCUGCAAGCACCAGCCUGGAUGCAAAGAAACAACGUUCGGAACAAUGGAACCAGUAGCAACCAGCACGUAAACUAACAUUCUGUAUUCCAUGUGUGUGCGCCAUCAUCUUCAACAGCAGGUCUGUGCCCAUUGCUGGUCCACGCGGCAGAUGUAUCACACACAUCCGGAUUUGACCUCCUGUUGCCACCAGUUGUGAUGGUGAUGGAGUCUGUUAACAUGGAAAAUGGCUCAAAUAGCCAUUCCACUCUUGAAUUUCACUCUUCCAUCACAUAAUUGCUCUUUGUAUGUAAUCCUCACCUCAUGAAAGUGACCAAAUUUCUAAAAGAGAGAAAGAUGAAAGACUGUCCUUAAAAUAGAGAAGGAAACUUGAGUGGGUGUAAUGGGACUCCAAGAAGAGGACAAUAAGAGGGUGAAGCAACAAAAAAUGAAAUGAGUGACUUGUUUAUGUAUGACUGGUAAAAGAGUGCCACAAUCCUUGUUCUUUGUGACGUUUUUGUAUGUGCAUGUGUAGGUCUGUAUUGACAUGACUCCCAAACUAUAGAAGUCCUUCACUUUAGUUUCAUUUGUAUGCCUGUGUUUCGUUCACUGUAGUAAUUUUUGAUGCACAGACUGAUAUAUACUAUACAGCCGAAAUACUAACAAUAUGUUAGUGUUGACUUAGUGAUUCUAGAUCGGUUUUAUAGAGCAGCUCUUAAUUGGUGAGCUGGUAAGCUCAUUCAUAUUUACUUUGCUUUUUCAUGGUGAUAGAAUUUAUUAAUCACUCAACAUUUUAAUCAUCAUUUUGGUCACACAUGCAAACAUAAAUGCAGUGAAGACAUGCCCAGGUUAUAUUUCACCCCAAAAUAAAAACAAGAAAAUACAUUUUGCAUAAAUAAAAUCAAGGCUGUUUUUUGAACCACCAUUUUGACUUUUUUGUCAUGACAUAUUAAUGUUUCCUUCCUACGUUCUCAUUUUUAUAAUGCAAGUGAGUUUUUCCCCCAUUAUUAUCAUAAUCUAAUGUUUAUCUAGUUUUUUGUACACACACAAACACACACACACACACACACACACACACACACAAAAUGCUGCAGUACAUAAUUAAAAUACAGUUUUUAUUGUAUUAUUAAAUACAUUUUCACUUGAUGGUAAUGAUGAUAAUUUCUGUGGAUUAUUUCUGGUUUAUGCCUAAUUAUUCGCCCUCUAACACAAAUAUAAUACAUUAUAUUUAUUUAUUUAUUCCUUUGCUUUUGGAGUGAAAUAUGAUCUGGAAGUGUUCUUGACAGAGAUUUAUGCUAUUGCGAAAUUGCAGUAGCAUUGACCUACAUUUAUUUUAGUAUGUCAGUUUAAGCAGUUUGUCAAUUACCAUGCGUAAGUUUAUAUAAUUAUGUUUUUUUUUGACUGGACAUUCUUGCAGUACGAAUGGGGAGCGGUCAGUUUUAGUUAUGAAGGAAACAUUAUUUUGUGAGUGAGCAUGCUGUAUGCAUGGGCCGUGUGUGUGUGUGUGUGUGUGUGUGUGUGUGUGUGUGUGUGUGUGUGUGUGUGUGUGUGAAACAUGAAGACUACGUACACACAAUGCCAACUGACUUGAGUAUGUCAGAUCUGUUAAAUGGCUUUGGUGUAUCUGCUCACGUAUCUCCAGCCUCUCCGACCAGUAUUGAUGUAUAGUUUGUACACUCCAGGUUGAAGUUUUCAUAAUUUAUUUCAUGCAUAUUUUAACACUUUUCCAUAUUUUUAGUCACAGGGCAAACAGUGGCACUGAUGUGCUUUGGGAUAGUUUAUACACACACACAUAUAUAUAUAUAUAUAUAUAUAUAUAUAUAUAUAUAUAUAUAACAAUAUACACUCACUAUUGUGGACAUCAUGCACAAAGUUACAUGAGUGUUGUUAAAACAGCUUACAUCUUAUUAUUUUGCACUGUUUUGUUUUUGCUUUGUUUUGCACCAUACGCAGCUCUUGGUUGGAAUAAUGCCUUUUAGGAAUUACUUUCAUAUUGUAAUUUAUUUCACAAAAAUGUAUAUGUGUCCAUAACAUUGACUUAAAGCACCAGUUUAUCAGCUCAAAACUGCUGAUCAACAUUUUCUGCCCAUUUCCUUUAAAGACACUGGCUUUGUUCACGCUGUACACAAUUCUGUUAUGGCUUUUUAUUCAAUCUGUUGGACCAACUAUCUGUGCGGUUAUGUGUUGUUAAGGUGAAGAAGUUGGAUCCAUUUGUUCACACAGUGUAGUCAAUACCUGUUAUAUCUACAUCAGUUGCCAUAAACUUAACCAUUGACAUCUGCUUGUGGAUGUCGGGAGUUGAUUGUUCUUAUUCUGAAAGUAAUGAAUUUGGAUCCAGUUCAAACAGUGUAGUCUGUAUCUGGUAUAUUUACAUCAGUUGCCACAGAUAUAACCACUGGUGUCAGGUGUUGAUUGUUCUUUUAAUAAAAAUUUUACUUUAAAUGUUGCCCCCCUCCCCCCAGACAAAUAACUAAACAUACACUGCCAUUCAAAUGUUUGGGGUCAGUAAGAUGUUUUUGGUAACACUUUAUUGUAAGAUGUCCUUGUUACACGUUACAUGUACUUACUAUUAUAAUAACAAUACAUUAUGCAGAAUUACAUGCAAGUAACCCUAAGCCAAACCCUAAUCCUAACCUUAACCAUAUAUAUAUGGUUAGUUCAUGUAGUUAAUAAAUAUUACUCAGUACUUAAAUGUAUAAUUACACUGUAACAAGGUCACCUUCAAAUAAAGUGUAACCUGUUUUUUGUUUGGAAUGUAAUAAAUUUCCACACCAAAAAAAAUUAAUAAAUUCAAAAAUGACAGUAAAGACUUCACCUGUGUUUCUAAAAAAAAAAAAAAAAAGAACAAGUAUUUUGAACUUUAUUAUACUGAAUAUUCAAGAAACAUAUAUUAUUUAAAACUUUCUGGUGGAUUAUGUAACACUGAAGACUGGACCAAUGUCUGCUGAAAAUUUUGUUUUACCAUCAUAGGAAUAAGUAGAAAAAGAAAAUAUAGAAGAAAAUUAUUUUAGGUUGCAAUAUUUCCAAAUAUUACUGUUUUUGCUGUAUUUUUUUAUCAAAUGCAGCAUUGGAGAGCAUGAGAGACAUCUUGCAAAAAAAUAAGAAUAUCUUGCUGACAGUUUGUAUUUUGAAUCUUUUUUUGAACGGUAAUGUAUUUGUGUGGGGGGAACACUUUUUUUCUGCCUGUCUGAACAAAGCCUUUGAACCUGUGUUUGUUUAAUUAUAUAUCACAUAAUUAAGGGCAAUUUUUGUUUAAGAGAAUGUUGAAUUUCACCAAGUGUUAGAAUUCAGCCAAGUCUUACUGUACUGUACAUUGUAGUUCAGUAUAUCACUCUAGCACUCGGCCUAACAUCCCAGUCUACAGCAGAUCCUCCAGAUAUUCUUUGCAAACAUUAAAUUAUCUGGAGGGAUGUAUAUUAGACAUUCAGAGGGUUGGGAACUAUUGCUUUUUGUGUCUUACAAAAUGUAAUGCCACUUUAAGUGCUUCAUUAGUUCCUGUAACUCUAGUCAAGCUGCUCAUUGCUCUGAUGGUUAAUGUACUGUAUGUCAAAACGUUUCCUCAUCCUUUCUGUUUCUUCAUCAAGAGUAUAUUAAAUGUACAAUUUGGUUUUGAUGAAUUUAGAGGGGAAAAAAUGUCAAACAAGGAAAUGUUCAAUAAACAUUUGAAAGCUA